AGCUUUGCUCCGUAGAAUUUCAACUGAUAAACACAGAGGGUGGAGGAAGAAAAAGAGAGAGAAUAUUCUCACUUGAGAGAUAAACACAGAGGACGCUUGGGUGCUUCCAAUAUUGAAACAAAAUUUGGACUUGAAGAAGGCAUGGGAUUCCUUUGGACUUUUGGCUUCCUUAUCUUGCCGGCGGCAUUCUCACAAAGCACAAUCCCCACUGCAGGCAAGGAAAACACUUGCCCUUUCAUUCUUGGAAUGCCUGGGAGCAAUGGAUCACCGGGUCCAGCAGGACAGAAGGGCGAUCAAGGACCCCAAGGAAUUCAGGGACCUCCAGGAAAAGCUGGGCCUCAAGGUGAUAAAGGAGAUCGGGGUCUAGUAGGUGAAAGAGGACCAAAGGGAGACCAUGGAGCAAGAGAACUUCAGCAACUGGAAUCUGAAGUGGCCCAUUUGAAAGAACAAGUGGAGGCUCUGAGAAACGCUAUGCUCAAGAACCAAAAUGCUCAUUUAUUCCCAAAUGGCCGGAGUGUUGGUGAGAAGCUAUUCAAAACCGACGGUUCCCAAGGCAGUUUUGAGGCAGCCAAAGCGACCUGCUUCCAGGCCGGUGGUCUGCUUGCCUCUCCGAGGUAUUCUGCUGAGAACGCAGCCAUCCAGCAAAUAGUUGCUCGUCACAACAAGGCAGCUUAUCUGGGAAUGAACGACUUGCAGUCGGAAGGCACGUUUGCCCACCUGAACGGCAUUGAAGCAAAUUACACCAACUGGGCAAGCGGAGAGCCCAACAAUGCUGGCGGGAAGGAGGACUGCAUUGAAAUAUAUCAGGACGGCAAGUGGAAUGACAAGUCCUGCACAGAAAGGCGGUUAAUAGUGUGCGAGUUUUAAUCUUGGCUAACAGUCUUUAAUCUUCUGCCCACAGUCGCAAGAUCUCCAAUUGUAUUUGGGAAUAUCCAGUGAGAACCCUGUUAGAGAAUGGGGACUAUCCACUGGCCCCCAGUUCCUGUACAAAGCAAGAAACCAUCUCCUCCACUCUGCCCGUAUUUUAACAGAGUCCUCUUUUUUAUGUAACUCAAGCAUCCAUUUCAAGAGAUACAACCCACAACAGCCUGUUUGCUCAUUAUGGUACCAUCUUGCUCACUAUGAAGCCACACAAUGCAAUAGCAAACCCACUGCAUUUCUGCUUGCUCAUUCCAUCUGUGAUUUCCACUUGUCUAUUCCA